ACGACCGAGCAUACAUCGAUUUCACGGCGUGCACGCUUCAUUCGCACCGUCGUGGCAGACUUAGGGUUCAUCUGCGUCGCCGUGGGCAGCCCUACUGCAUCGCUACACCCUUUGCUGCUCUGCCCAAGGAGUGGUGGCACAGUGGUGGCUGCCCAUGCUCAAGCGCAUUGAUUGCUUCAAACCCUUAACAUACAUGAGCUGGAGUGCCGUUCUCGUCGCCGCGGUCGCCGCGGCAGUCGAUGUCGACCGGAAGCGCUGCGCGGCGCCGGGCCGCUACGAGCCGCGAAACGGCACGGAUUUGCUGGGUCGAGCGUUCGACGGACCGUCAUUCUUCGGCGAAGGACGGUGGCUCAAUAACAAGUACGUCCUGGAGCCGCCCUGCGAUUUAAAAAAAGGCGACGCAUUCGCGUGCGCCGUCGUCGCGAAGAUCCCGCGCAACGGAAGCAGGGCCCGGAUAUUGACGGUCGGCGACAGCAUCAGUAUCCGCCAAUUCCAGGACUUUAAGCGUCGUGUACAACGCUGCGACGCCGACGUGGCGUUCCUGCGCGCCGACAGAUUGCGCGAGCGGGACCUCGCGAAGGGGCAGCAGACGGCGUAUCCUGUAUGCAAAGCGGACGCGCUCGUCGUGAACACGGGCGCGCACUACCCCGACGUGCGGCCUUUCGCGCAGGAUUUGACGAAGUUCCUGCGGUCGCUCAACGAGACCUGUCCGACGAGGCCCGUGACCGUCUUCCGGACGACGCCCGAGGGUAAUCCGCUCUGCAACUCGAAGAUGGUCGUGCGCGACUGGGAGGCCCAGGUCUGGAGCGUCCUGAACGGGAGCCGGCCGGUGCCGAACGACGCUUUAUUGUUCUCGCGCGGGUGGCACUGGGACCUCUUCCAGCGGUACAACGCCGAGGCGGCGCGUUUGGUGGAGGCCUACGACUGGAUUAAGCUAGUUGACGUCGCGGCGAUGGCGCGCCGCGUACCCGUGGCAAAGUGGGAGCGGCGGCCCGGCAAACCCAAAGAUUGCCUCCACGGGAGCCCCGCGGUGCCGUGGUACAAUUCAAUGAUCCUCAACGUCCUUGACGCGGUAUUGUAA